CACCUAAUAUCGCUUUGUGGCGUGCGUAGAAUGGUUAAUCUCCCAGCGUUCGCAGGUCUGUACGAACCAAUGAUCAACCUGCAGCUUCACCCUUCCCCGGUUCCAGCUGACCGAGCUGACUAAUUGUGGGAAAUUUCGGGGUCCGCCCGUUCCGAAUCGACAGCGUUUAUCAUUGGAGAGAGGAGCGGGUUUUUUUUUUCACUGAGGAUGAGCCGUGAGGUUGAACGGAACCGUCCCGUUCUGUGAGCGCGAUGCGGGCGGGAGCGGUGCGAUGGUGGAGCGCUCGGCGGCCCCUCCUCACGCGCCUCGCCGCCGCAGCCCUCAUCAGCGGCACCUUCAGCUGCGUCUUCUUCAUCUACCUGACCGGGCGGCAGGAGUCAGGCCUCUUCAAGGCGUUCAGGGGAGGAAGGAGGGGGCUGAAGACGUGGAACGGCUCCGAGACGCAAGGAGGGAAUGUCUUAAGGGAUGGGAGACAGGAAGGUUGGUCGUGGCUCAGUGAGACAGAAAAGGGUAAAGCAUGUGAGAAGAAGAAAGACUUCGUGUUCGUGAAGGUCCACAAGGCGGGAUCAACAACUACAGCCUGUAUCUUCCAGCGCUUCGGCUACGAACAUGGGGCUACGUUUGUCUUACCAAGGAACCACAAGAGCGACAUCGGUUGGCCCAACCUACUCAAGAUGGAGGACCUCAUCCCUUCAGCAGGCGGCGCUUUCAACAUCCUGACAGACCACAUCGUUUACGACCGACGUCUGACCGACCAUCUCAUGACCCCUGAUGCAGUCUACCUCACCAUCUUACGACAUCCCCUCGACCAACUCAAGUCCGUCUUCAACUGGUUCCAUCUGCCACACGAAUACCAACUCGAGCACUCUCACAACCCCAUCGCAACGUUUCUCGAAAACCCGGAAAAGUACCAAGAUCCCUACGUCACGAGUCGACAACACAGGGACCCGUUUUCCCUCACAAAAAACUUCAUGUCGUUCGAUCUUGGGUACCCCAUGGGGCUUACAGACGACCAGACUGCGAUCAAAAACUUCAUCACCCAGUUGGACAAAGAGAUGUUUCUUGUUUUGAUUUUGGAACAUUACAUGGAGUCGUUAGUACUACUGAAGAGGUUGAUGUGCUGGACUAUACAAGAUAUAUUGUACGAUCUAAAACCUAAAAACCAGAGGCAAUAUGCAUACAGGACAAUGGAGCUUCCGGAAAAGUAUAAGAAGAAGCACCAAGAGUGGAGCAACGUGGAUUACGGUUUGUAUAAUCAUUUUAAUCAGUCUUUAUGGAACAAAAUAGGACAACAAGGGGACGACUUUGCAAGGGAGGUGGAACACUUUGACAAGGUUGUUCAGAAGGUUUCCUUGUAUUGUAGGACAGUGAGCGCUCCGGUAGAGGGCAUCGCUCCAAAUUUGACAUUUCCAAAGUCUCAGUGGGAUGAAGGUUUUACAGUUGAUCCUUUCUUCUGCACCAAACUUAAGAUGCUGUGGCAAGACUGGGAGUAUGUCUUGAAGAAAACUCACAAGCUGCCAAGGGACGUUUCACAAUCCGUCAAGAACACAAUUUCAUACCAUCCCGUAUCGACACUCACGCCGAGGGAUCUUUUAAAAAUCUUCGGCAUCACCGCAGGCCCAGAGCUUAAGGUAGCGGGCCAAAGCAAAGUUGGUUCUUACGUGAAGAGUAGGCCCUUGAUCGUGUACAGGAAACCUGUAAAGCGAUAUGUUCCAAAAGGAAUCCAGGACAGCAAUGUGGUGUAUCAGGUCAAGCCGGGGUUUAACCCCAAGUUUCCGCACGUAGCUAGGUGGAACAACCAGUACAUCGUUGUAAACAGAGACAGGCCGAUUAACCAGAGCCAGGGGACUCCUAAGGAAAACAGGGUUUGACCACCUGCAUCAGUGUUCUCACCAGGACUUUUUCACAGCAUAGGGGCAUCUUAGUGCAUCGAAGACAUGUGGUACCCGUGCAGUUAUUGUAAGGUAUCUGGGGGAAUCCUAAAUUUUUAUGGCCAAAUAUAGAGAAAUAUAGCAAACUUUAUUUUACCUUAGUUACAAAACUACAGAAAACUCCCCUUUGUUGGUCGAAACACAGCAUAGGGGCCCAAAUCACAGCAUAGGGGCUAAAAUCACAGCAUAGGUGAUCCAAAUCACCUGAAAAGCCCUGGCGAGAACACUACAUAUAAAUGUUCACACACAUAUUUGAUUCAGCGGAUGUCAGUGCAGCUACAUUAAACUAGAUUUUAGGACUCAGGUUAAAUGUCAAACAAUUAUCAAAUCUGUCCAUGACAUGAUGUAAACCAGACAUUUCACAACUAUAGAGCGUUUCCAUGUGACGUCAUCGGUGUGCCUGCUGCCAUGUUGGUGUUCAUAUUUGAUUUUCAAUCAAUGGAAGCUGAAGCAAUUUCCGACAUUGAUUUUGAAGAUCUUUUGGCCCUCUCAAAUAACAACUGAUCUACAAUUCAACAAAGAAAAUACCUUUAAACUACUAAAACACACAAAAAAGAUGUGUAUGUUUGAGAUAUGAUAAAUCAAAAUAGGGACACCAGCAAUGGUGGUCAGAAUCUGCCUGCUUCUUUGAUAUGGAAGGUACGGGAUCUAUUUGAUAAGCUUCUGUGAAGAGCCAUCAGAUGCUACACUGUACUUAACAAUGAUGACAGAAAGGCAAUAAUUCUGCUGUGCAUAUUGAAGUUAUUGUGUACAUACUGUUAUGUACAAAAAGUAAGGAAAACAAUGUACAAUGUACAUGUGAACAAUCAUAUUAUAACUUUUCUCUUGUAAAGAGUGUAUUUCACUGGCUAAAAUUUAACAUAAAUGUACACUUAUUUGUGCAAGGUUGGCUAAUGCCAAAAAUAAAUAAGUCAAAAAAGAAAUAUUUGUGUGUGUUUUUUUAUAUAUUGGUAUCUUUCCUUACUUGGUGACUGCAUGCUAAAUAUAUGGUGGAAAAGUACAAAAGUACCAGAACACAAUGCAAAAACUAACGAUUUGGUGGACAUACUCUGAAAGCAAAUGCUAGUCUCUCCACAGGUAUUUCAUACAUUGUUACUGACAUAAUGAUUAUAAUGAUAAUAACAAUAAUAAAUCAUAAUAAUGGAUAAAGGACAGAUGCAAAAGCCUUGUGGGUAGACAGUCUGCCUUCAGAAGUCACAGAUUCAAAUCACACCAGAGCCAGAGCAAGGAAUAUUUAACCCUUAAACUGCCAAAACUGGAUAUAUCCGGCACACAUAUACACAAAAUGUACAUGCCCUGUGUGCCAUGCCCGGUUAUAACCGGGAUAGCGUUUUCCCCCCGAAGUAGCAGCUUUGCGUGCGUGUAGCGCACGAACCCCGGAAGUUAGGAACUUCGGCCUUGUUCGGGUGUCUCUUUUCUGGGGUCAGCGGCCAACCCUGGCACUGAUAGCAUUUUAUAGGGCUGAAACUCUGGCAGUUUAAGGGUUGUAAUAUAGUUCAUACUGCCCUCUCUGCAAUCAACACGUAUGAGGAAGAGUACUUGAACAUGCAACUGUGUUUCCCAAGGGCUA